CGAUAGCCCGCCCCGUUCGAGUGUAGCGAAAAAGGCAAUGCCAGCAAAUAUGAACAGAAAUUUUGUCGCAAUUUGCUUGUCAGUUUCCCUCGUGCUCAACAUUCUACUAAUGUUGCUGCCCCAUGCCGCUGGCGACGACUGGUCGGCUAGUUGUGCCUCUAACUGUACCUGCAAAUGGACGAAUGGCAAGAAAUCAGCCAUAUGCAGUUCGCUACAGCUAACCACCAUACCCACAACGCUGAGUACAGAGCUGCAAGUGCUCGUGAUGAACGACAACCAUAUACCCUAUCUCAAUCGAGAGGAAUUCACCAAUUUGGGUCUGCUGAACCUGCAACGCAUCUACCUGAAGAAGUCUGAGGUGCAAUAUGUGCACAAAGAGACUUUUCGCAAUUUGAAAAUAUUGGUUGAAAUCGAUUUGUCAGACAACAAAAUCGAAAUGAUCGACAAGGACACUUUCAUGGGCAACGAUCGUUUGCGCAUACUCUAUCUGAAUGGAAAUCCGCUGAAAAGAUUGGUCGCCUAUCAAUUUCCCAUACUGCCACAUUUGCGCACACUCGAUCUGCAUAACUGCCUGCUUUCCUAUGUGGAUCCAAUGGCCUUGGCGAACCUAAAUCAACUGGAGUUUCUUUAUUUUAAGAAUAAUCUAUUAGAAAGUCUGAGUGAAUAUGUCUUCCAGCAUAUGACGAACCUGAAGACUUUGGUGUUGGAUGAAAACCCGUGGCAGUGCAAUUGCAAGCUGCGCAAAUUUCGCACCUGGUAUGUGAAGAGUAACUUGAAUAGCAUAAGUCUGCUGUGUAAAGGGCCACCAGCGCAGAAGGAAAAACAGUGGGAGCAAGUUGAUGAAGAGCAGUUUGGGUGCGCGCCCAAAGUGGAGCUCUUCAACAACGAAGAUGUACAGAAUAUAGACAUAGGCAGCAAUACGACCUUCAGCUGUCUGGUGUAUGGUGAUCCGUUGCCGGAGGUCACGUGGGAGCUCAACGGUAAAAUACUGGAUAAUGAUAAUGUGAUCUUCGACGCUGAGUCAAUCACCUCGGAUAAGUUAUGGAGUAAUCUGAGAUUUAAUAUGACGAGCUUGGAUGCGGGCACUUACGCUUGCAUUGGCUCAAAUGCGGUGGGCAUAGCUUCGCAGAAUAUCAGCAUAUAUCUGACGGAAAUUGUACAGCAUGUCUUGGUUAAAACUCCAGAGACCUUUUGGUACUUCGGCUUGAUCAUGGGUACCUUUGGCACUAUCUUUCUGCUCAUACUAAUCUCAUUCGUGGUAUGUUUAUGCAAACGCACGACGCGACAGCGGCGUCAUCCAAAGAAAUCCGGCGUGAAACCGAGUGUCAGCUUCAACGAUCAGGAGAAGAAGUUACUCGACUUAAGCAUAACGACGACAACAGCCGAUCGCGGCGAUAGCUGUGGCAUGGACAACAAUACGACAACGACGAUGAGUAAAACUGAAUCGGUGAUUGGCUUUGAGCCAAUUGAAAUCCAUGCUACGGAAAAUAUGCGCGCUGCGGCCAACCAUAAUCACCACCAGUUGACGCACCAACAGCAGUUACAGCAGCAUCACGCGCAUAUGGCGGGCGCUGGUUCCGGUGGCAACGGCGGCAUACCAAACUCCAUGAUGCAGCCAAAUCGCCAACAACUGAUGGCCGUCGCGGAUGGCUCGUGCAGCGUUGUUGGCAUACCGACAUCCAUGGCCUCGUCAGUUGGCACGCAGCAAGUUGCGGCAUCGCAUCCGAACGCUAUACCAGAGGAAUUUCCGCUUAAUGUCGGCGUCUUCCCGCCACCGCCUGAGUUUUGUUCCAAUAUUGUGCCAAAUCCCGCGUACGGUAACAUAUUCAUCAGCGUCUCUGUGACGCAGGAUAUGCUGGACAGCACGGAUAUUAGUAUGUACCCUGACCUGCUAAACAUACCAAAACGCCAGCUGAGCGCCGACGGCGGUAACAUGCAAACAGGCAUCAGCGUGACGAGCGGCAGCGGGGCUGGCAAUGCGAAUACCACGAAAACGAUGCUACCGCCAGGUACAACGGCUGCAGUGAAUGUCUCCUCAUUCGCGACACUGCCGCGCAAUCAUCAACGUCGUGGCAUACUCAAGAAAGACUCGUCGCUGCAUCAUCAACACUCGCUGCAGCAGCAACAACAGCAAACGAAUUUGUAUCCGCAUGACGAAAUCGUUUCGUAUCACAAUCUCGACACCACCUACAGCCAAGGCUAUCAGGAACAUCAACAGCAGCAGCAGCAGCAGGCGCAGCAGCAGCAGCGACAGACUUAUGCAGCAAAUAUCGUCGGACUACCGCCGCCACCCCCACCGCCAGCGGCCACUACAAUAUCACAGUGUCACCACAAUCAAGCGGCUGUAACGGCGGCCAUCAAUGCGAAAGCGUGCGCCGCCUGCAUGGGUACGCUCUCGCCACCACCGCCUUCCUGCAGCACGCCGCCGACAACGACGGAUGCAACGCCGCUGCGACCGCUUUGUAAGGGUGGCAGCGGCUCAAAGCCGACCAGUAAUGCGGGACUCAAAUACGACAACAUGGGACGACGCUUCACCGCCAGCGGCAACUCAACACUCUCGCUACCCGACGAGGAAGAUGAGGAGGGUGAAGAAGAUGAGACGCGUUUCAUUGAAGAGGCGCGCAUUAUGAAGCAGGGACAAAAGCAGCAACAAGACUGCCAGCAGCAGCAGCAGCAGCAACCGCAUAAGGUUACGACGGCGAUGGCGAAUGUAGCUGGUGGAGUGUCAGCGAAUGCGAGCGGCAAUACGAUGGUAGCAGAUGCGGGAGGCGGCACGGAAUAUGUGUCGCUGUAGUAUUACGGAACGCAGGUGUAAAUAGGGGGUGUUGUAUCUAUAUACAUAUAUAUAGCGUGUAAGGCUUA